ACAGUGAUUGUAAUAUACGCUCUGUAAUUUUCAACUUAAAAUCGAAAAAAUCAACCUUUAACUUUUACAUACUAGUAUAAGUUACAUGGCCGAAGAUUAAUCAAGUGGUAAAUCAAUGAAUUAAUAGCUAUCCCUGCGAAAAUAUCAAAUCAUCGGAGUGAAACAUACUUUACUGUGAAAUGUUGAAUAAUUCAUUUUACCGUGGAAUAGGUGUGUACGCUUAAAACGAUAUGUUUAAACGGAUUGUUUGCUACUAGUUCGCACACGUAGCAACAGUCCGUGUCUGAGAGGUGUUCCCUUUCCACUGCUCAUGCAUGAUAAGAUUUGCGCUUGUGAACGUUUAUAUCGUUAUAACAUUCUAUCCGUGAGCGACGAAGUCAUUCGUCUCGGACGUACCGGUCACGAUGGAGUCGUCGUCGUUACUUUCAUCACCUUUUGUGCUCUUAGCGACCACUUUGGCUAUUAUCGCCGCACUGAAAGUCAUCGCCUUGAUGUACCAUCAAUACACUUACUGGAGUAAAAGAGGCGUUCCUACUAUACGAACAAUUCCGGGUGUUGGAACGUCUUGGAGAGUGUUUCUGCGAUGCAUGAGUUUUUCCGAAUAUGGUAAAUUCGCUUACGAUUUAUAUCCGGAUGCUAAAUACGUCGGACUGAUGGAUGUUGCUACUCCUCUCGUUCUUCUGCGUGACCCUGAGUUGAUCAGAGAUGUUAUGGUGAAAGAUUUUGAACAUUUCCCGGACCACCGUAAAUUUACGAGUGAGGAUGUUGAUCCUUUGUUCGGAAAGAAUGUCUUUGCCUUGCGCGGUAACCGCUGGAGAGAAAUGAGGAACACGUUAAGCCCUUCUUUCACCGCCAGCAAGAUGAAAGUUAUGUUCGAGCUAGUGUCAAAGUGUUCCCGCGAAUUCGCUGAAUAUCUGAGCGAUCAUCCGGAGGUGUGUUCCUCCGUCGAUACGAAGGAGGCCUUUAGGCGAUACACUAAUGACGUAAUCGCCACGUCGGCCUUUGGCAUAAGCGUGAAUUCUAUGAAGGAUCAGAACAACGAAUUCUUUAGUAGAGGAAUUGACAUCACCAAGAGUUUUUCAUCAUUUGGCGUGCUGAAGUUCUUUUUAUUCCGCGCGGCACCGCGAUUUGCGAAGUCAAUAGGUUUGCAUUUCUUUCCGCCGGCUACGGCCCAAUUCUUCAGAAGAAUCGUAGCAGAGACCAUUAAAACCCGCGAUGAGCAAGGUAUCGUUCGACCGGACAUGAUUCAUUUAUUGAUGCAAGCUCGUAACAAGGAGGGACCCAAUGUGCACACAAUGACAUUGGACGACAUCGUGUCUCAAGCCUUCAUUUUCUUCUUGGCCGGCUUUGAAACAUCCGCGACGCUGAUGUGCUUCCUCGUGCAUGAACUCGCGGUUCAUCGCGACAUUCAAGAUCGCCUGUUUGAGGAGGUGGAGCGACAUUUCGCCGAGGGAAACGGCGAGAUCUCUUAUGAAUCGUUGUCGAAGAUGACUUACAUGGAUAUGGUUGUGUCCGAGGCUCUCCGAAAAUAUCCGGCAAUGAUUUUCGUUGACAGGGUCUGUGUGAAAAGAUACGAACUACCUCCGGCAAAGCCGGGUGGUAAAAGCAUCAUCCUCGAGCCUGAUUGCAUGACGUGGACGCCUGUUUACUCAUUACACCAAGAUCCCAAGUAUUUCCCGAACCCGUCUAAGUUUGAUCCCGAAAGGUUCAGCGACGAAAACAAGGACAAUAUUGUGCCAUAUACUUACCUGCCUUUCGGCCUUGGGCCCAGGAUGUGCAUUGGCAAUCGUUUCGCUCUUAUGGAGACGAAACUUUUGGUUGCACAUCUUUUGCACAAAUUCAUCUUCAAGGUUACGGAGAAAACGGUCGAGCCUAUCGUGUUCGAUCGAAAACAGUUCACGUUGCAGCCUGAAGGUGGUUUCUGGAUCGCAUUGGAAAAGAGGACGAAAUAAAUUUAAACAUCGGAAAUUGCUGGUUCCGAAUAUUGUUCACAGUAUAGUGGAUGUUUUGUUCGUUUGGCCCGAUAGAAUAUUUAACAUGUCUGUGUAAGUCCUCAUUUUCGAAGGCGAUUGAAAUGUAUAAAAUGCUUGAUUUUGUUACGAUGCGAAUUUUGAUUGUUCAGUAUAUUUUCUUACGCAUUGUUUUGUAAGGGUUUAUUGUUUUUUUUUUGGAAUAAAAUAUAAUUUUUUGCUAAUGAAAGAUGAGAAGUCUCGACGUUACGGUUAACACAGAAGUUGAAUUUUGCAUAGAUUGUGGAGCCAGUCACUGAUGAGUCCGAAGUUACUUAGAUAAUUCGUGUUUAUCACUAAGUGGAAUAUUGGAAUAUCUUAGUGUAGGUGCCGGUUAAUAAUUAAGUACUCAGUUUUAUAUAAAAUAAUACAUCGCUAUUAUUGCCGACGAUAUACGUUAAUAUAUCCUCGGUUUCAAAGUAUUUUCCUUUUAAACAUGAAAACAUUAAAGUUGAAUUUUUUAAAUUUUAUUUUUAACAUGGAACCUUUUUAAAGUAUAACAGAGUUUACAUCUUUUCGGUGAAAUUGUUAUUCCUGUUUUAUUUAUGUAAUAUGAGUAAUUUAGUGCCUGUUCUGCUCGAUGCUUUCUCGACUUCCCUAUGGUUUAAGUUUCGAUCUUGCUACGUGCUAUUCCGGACGAGGACGUUUCGCAUCGUCGCCGGUUAGAUAUGACUCGUCUUCAGGGAUCAAAAAGUAAACUUAUGUAUGCGGGAAUAUAGAGUAACUUAGACUUACUAGAGUUAUUUAGACUUUACUACAAAAAUAAUUCCAUAUUAACUGAUUCAUUUUUUAAUAUUUUAUAUUAUGUUUGAAAUGAAGUAUUUGCAUUUUCCGUUUUAUCAUAUCGAUUAAACCGAAAUUAGAGAACAUAUGGACUUGAAUUUAAUUCAUGAGAUGAAAGUUGCGACAGAUAUUAGUUAUAAAACCUCGCUCGUAUACUUUAUUGCAAUUCUUUUCUUGUGAUCUCUGAGAGAUGAAUUUAAGAUCAGUAGAUUUUUCAGUGACGACUCUUGAAUGAAGACUCUUGUGCAACAAUAAUUUAAAAUUUCACAUGCUUUAUCUAUGAAUCAUUAUGGAAACGCAAAAAUUAAUGUGACACGCUCGAUAUUGUCAGUAUAUCUUUAUUUUCUAGAGUUGUCGUUGACAUUUAGUUUUUGUUUAAUUUUGGACGAUAAGGUUUAAGAAAGUCACUAUGAAUCUUUAUAAAUUUUAAUGAUAACGACGAUAAUAAUAAAAUUUAUUGGUCAUAUAAGGAAUGAAAAAUUAGUGAAUUAUCGUUUAAUGUAUAUAUUUGUACGCCUAAGUGAUCCACAUUUCACUUUCUUUUUCUGUAUUUAUCAUUUCCAUUUUGAAUACUGAAAAUAAAAUAUAAACUUCACACUUUA